UUUGCGCCGGUUAUCCCAAACCUCAUCAUUCGCUUUUUGUUGCAAACGGCAAAGCGAACAAAAGGGGCGGAGCAUACGUUAACGCGUUUUGCGCACAAAACCAGUGAACCGUGUCAAAAUUUCAUCAUUUCUCGUUGGACCAGCAAGGAAGACACAUCGCACCGAAAUUCUCCAAGUCAUCAUGGCACCGAAGACCGUUGCGGAAAAGGCGUCUGCUGCUGCCGGCAAGACUAAGAAGGCGCUUUCGAAGACGGACAAGCCGAAGAAGAGGAAGUCCAGCCACGAGGAGCAUUUUGGAACGUACCUGUACAAGGUGUUGAAGCAGGUCCAUCCGGACACUGGCAUCUCGACCGAUGCCAUCAACAUCAUGAACAGCUUGAUGAACGACAUCUUCGAGCGGUUGGUCAGAGAGGCGGCGUUACUGACGCGCUACAACUCGCGGAAGACCUUGACAUCCCGGGAGCUCAACACCGCCGUCCGAUUGGUACUGCCCGGGGAGCUGGCUUGGAAUGCCGCAUCCAAGGGGUUGAAGGCCUUUACCAAGUACACCACUUCGAAGUGAA